CCAUCUGUCCUUACACCCAAAAACCACCUCUCUCUCUCUCUCUCUCUCUCUCUCUCUCUCUCGUUGAUUGAGAGAAGAUGCUGCACAACAUCAUGGAUGCAAUAACAGGUAAGGGCCACAAGGAGACGGGUGUGAAGAUCAAGGGGUCGGUUGUGCUGAUGAAGAAGAACGUCUUGGAUUUCAGCGACUUCCAUGCAUCUCUCCUUGAUAGAAUCCACGAGCUCUUAGGAAAAGGAGUCUCUUUUCAUCUUAUCAGUGCAGUUCAUGGCGACCCAGAGAAAGAGAACCGAGGUAAGGUUGGGGCGGCUGCCUACCUGGAGGAGUGGAUCACGACACUAACCCCAGUACAAGCCGGUGAGUCCAUGUUCAAGGUCACGUUCGACUGGGAUGACAGCAUGGGCAUUCCAGGCGCUUUCAUCGUCAAGAACUUCCACCACAGCCAGUUCUUCCUCAAGACCUUGACGCUGGAAGAUGUACCUGGGGUGGGCCGCAUUCACUUCAUCUGCAAUUCAUGGAUCUACCCAACUAGCUCUUACAAAUAUGAUCGGGUCUUCUUUACCAAUCAGACCUACCUUCCCAGCAACACACCUGAGCCCCUACGCAGAUAUCGGGAAGAAGAGCUGGUGAAUCUCCGAGGAGACGGCACUGGAGAGCUGAAAGAAUGGGACCGAGUCUAUGACUAUGCGUUCUACAACGAUUUGGGUUCUCCAGACAAGGGCCCAGAUUAUGCACGGCCCAUCCUCGGAGGGUCAAAAGAGUAUCCUUACCCCCGCAGAGGUAGAACGGGCCGCCAGCCCACAAAGACAGAUCCAAACACGGAGAGUAGAUUGCCACUCCUGAGCCUGGACAUUUAUGUUCCGCGGGAUGAGCGGUUUGGUCACCUGAAGAUGUCGGAUUUCCUGGCGUAUGCUCUGAAGUCGCUCGUGCAGUUCUUGGUCCCAGAGCUGACAGCUUUGUUCGAUAAAACGCCGAAUGAGUUCGAUACCUUCCAAGAUGUGCUGAACUUGUAUGAGGGAGGGAUCCAGCUACCCAACAUUACUGCAGUCAACAAGAUCAAGGACAUGAUCCCCUUGGAGAUGAUCAAGGAGCUGGUCCGAUCCGACGGUGAGCGGCUGCUCAAAUUCCCAAUGCCUCAGGUGAUUCAAGCUGAUAAAUUCGCUUGGAGAACGGAUGAAGAAUUCGGACGAGAAAUGCUGGCUGGAGUGAAUCCCGUCAUCAUCAGCCACCUCAAAGAGUUCCCGCCAACCAGCAAGCUCAAUCCUGAAGCAUAUGGCAAUCAGAACAGUUCGAUAACAGAAGAACAGAUAGUAGGGAACCUACAUGGACUAACUGUCAAAGAGGCGCUUGAAAGAAAGAAACUCUUCAUCUUAGACCAUCAUGACGCGUUGAUGCCAUACCUUAACCGGAUAAACACGACCUCCACGAAGACCUAUGCCUCAAGGACAGUCCUCUUCCUGAAAGACGAUGGGACUUUGAUGCCAGUGGCAAUCGAGCUGAGCUUGCCUCAUCCAGACGGUGAGCAACAUGGUGCAGUCAGCAAAGUCUUCACCCCAGCCAACCACGGGGUCGAGGGUUCGAUAUGGCAAUUGGCGAAAGCAUAUGCAGCAGUAAACGACUCCGGCUAUCAUCAGCUAAUCAGCCAUUGGUUGAACACACACGCAGUGAUCGAGCCGUUUGUGAUUGCCACCAAUAGACAAUUGAGCGUGCUUCAUCCAAUCCAUAAGCUCUUGAACCCGCAUUAUCGUGACACCAUGAAUAUCAAUGCCCUGGCCCGGCAGAUCCUCAUCAACGCAGGCGGUGUGCUCGAAAACACGGUUUUCCCAGGGAAAUUCGCCAUGGAAUCGUCUUCUGUGAUUUAUAAGGACUGGGUUUUUACAGAGCAAGGACUUCCUGCAGAUCUCAUCAAAAGAGGAAUGGCAGUCCCUGAUUCAAACCACCCCCACAACCUCCACCUGCUAGUUGAGGACUACCCGUAUGCUGUCGACGGGCUGGAGAUCUGGUCAGCGAUUGAAACGUGGGUCAGUGACUACUGUUCCAUCUACUACCCCUCUGAUGCCUCUGUGCAAGCUGAUCCCGAGCUCCAGUCCUGGUGGACCGAGAUCCGUGAGGUGGGCCAUGGCGACAAGAAGGAUGAGCCAUGGUGGCCCAAGAUGCAGACUGUUGCUGAGCUGACCCAAACAUGCACCACCAUCAUAUGGGUGGCCUCUGCCCUCCAUGCCGCCGUUAAUUUCGGACAGUACCCCUAUGCAGGCUACCUUCCAAACCGUCCGACAAUAAGCCGCCGCUUCAUGCCUGAACCUGGGUCACCUGAGUAUGCUGAGCUUGAGUCGAACCCCGACACCGUCUUCCUGAGCACAAUCACGGCUCAGCUGCAGACACUCCUUGGUGUGUCCCUCAUAGAGAUUCUGUCACGGCAUUCUUCUGAUGAGGUCUAUCUUGGGCAGCGGGCCACACCAGAGUGGACAACAGAUGCAGCUGCACUGGAAGCAUUUGAGCAGUUCGGGAGAAAACUGGUGGCAAUCGAAAAUAGAAUUAUAGAGAUGAACAAUGAUGAACGAUGGAAGAACCGGGUGGGACCCGUCAAGGUGCCAUACACUUUGCUCUAUCCAAACACCUCCGAUUUCAGGGGCGUCGGUGGGCUAACUGGCAGGGGAAUUCCAAAUAGCGUCUCCAUCUAAUGCUUCCUUUUUUCUGGUGAUCUUGUGGUUGUUGCAGUUUAGAGAAGUGAAAUUGUCAGCAAUGAUAUUUAGGACAUAAAACUCUACUAUUCUGAGUACCGUACAGUUGGGUUCUUCCUUUGAUUUCCACGACAACCUACAGCCAAUGCCAAAAACUCUUACAGUGUUCGGGUUUUCAGUUUGUAUAAGUGUGGCCUCUGGUUCAGUAAUUAGAAACAUUGAUAUAAGGGUUUUCAGUGGA